AUGAAUCCCUACGUGACAGACCCAGAGGACAUCCCCGCCACCGACUUGUAUGCGGGCGUCCCGCUCUACGGACGGUAUCUUCCAAAGCCGGGCGAUUUUCUUGUUGAUCCCCAGCACGUCCGCUCUCAAACUCCAGACUCAAUCAAAUACUGGGAGUCAGUGGUUAGUCUGUGCAACGAGUCUAUCAGAAUCUACCCUGCCGAUGAAGGUGGCCGUGAUGUGUUUGCCCUUGGAGGCGUUAUUGUGAAGUCCAGUCAUCUCCAUAAUACCCAAGAGAUUGACUACUCAUAUGCCGAUGCCAAUGAAGUCCUCGCCAUUGCCAUUGCCAAAUCAACCCUCAAAGAUGUCAAAGUACCGGAGAUUUACUUCUCCGGCAAGAUCCACGGGCGCCAGGUCCUAAUCCAAGAGCGCCUACAGGGCGUCACGCUAGGUGUUGCAUGGCCCUACCUCUCCCAAACCCAAAAGCAAUCCUUCAAAGAACAAGCCCGCGGGAUACUUCGACAACUACAUACCGUCAAACCCGACCAUCCCCGCCACACUCGCUCCCACGUUAUCCAAGACCCCAACAUCCUCAGCAACGGCCGCAUCAAUCCCCUAGAAGGGGAAAUCCUGUUUGCCGACCCGAACCCGGACCCGGAUAUGGGCUUCAUGCAUAACGACUUCACGCCAUCGAAUUGCAUCGUUGACCAGGACAAGAUUGUGGGGCUUAUUGAUUGGGAGAUGGCGGGGUUCUUGGGCUGGAAGACCGCGGGGGAAAUUCAUCGGAGGAUCAGAACUCCUCAACGGGAGCAUUUCGUGAAUGUCUCCUUGAGUGAAGAGAUACUUCGGGAUAUGUUGUUUUGGAAUGAUCUUUAUGAUGACGGUACGCCUGGGUGUUAG